AUGCUUCGAUUCAUUUUGUGUCUUUUUGCUCUCGUCUCUCUGAAUUUUGCGACGGAUUCUGGUGGUAAUAUAAAACCGGAACACUCAAAAGAUUGUAAAUGUGGACCAACUGAUGGCUGCUGGCCCUCACAACACUCAUGGAAAUCAUUGAAUGCGUCAAUAUCUGGGAAAUUAAUCAAAGCAACACCAGCAGCGAUUGUUUGUUAUCCAGGACCGCGACAAAACUUAGACGCAUGUUCUACGGUUGUGAAAGAAUUGUCAGACGAGGAGCUCGUUGCAGAUGACCCAAUUGCUCUAGAUACACCUAUUAAUAACUCUUGUCCACCGAUUGAUUUUGCGAUAGGAGCGAUUCCAGGAAAUUGCUCGAUUGGAGAUGCUCCUCGAUAUGUUGUAAAUGCGACGACGCCUGAAGAUGUUGCUAAGGGAAUAGCUUUCGCUAGGGAAAAUAAUAUUAGGUUGGUGGUCAGAAAUACUGGCCAUGACCUACUGGGUAGAUCCACUGGUUAUGGUAGUUUAGAGGUUUGGAUCAGAUAUCUUAGACUAGGUAUCAUCUUUCAAGAAAAAUAUUUACCUUCCGAUGGUUGUAAAACUUCGAAUUGGGAAGAGGGUGUAUUUAAGAUUGCUGGAGGUUAUGUCUGGGAAGAUGUCUAUGCAGAGGCCACGAAACGAAAUGUGGUUGUUGUAGGCGGUGGUGAUCCGACUGUAGGAUGCAUCGGAGGGUGGUUUCAAGGAGGAGGUCAUUCACCCGCAUCUCGCGAUUAUGGCCUUGGUGCCGAUCAAGUACUCGAAGCUGAAGUGGUCCUUGCAAAUGGAGAGAUUGUUACUGCAAAUAACUGUCACAAUCAAGACAUUUUCUUUGCCAUUAGAGGUGGAGGAGGUGGAACAUAUGGAGUGGUCGUAUCGACAAUUAUCAAGGCGUAUCCAACGACAUCAAUUUCUGCCCAAACACUAACCGUUGCACCACUGACCGAUGCGGAAAUUCCAGUAUUCAUGACAGCCUUGGCAUUGAUAUACUCUGCAUAUCCAGAUCUCAAUGAUGCUGGUCUUUCUGGGUAUGGAAGUUGGGCAGUGCAGAGCUAUGCGCCUGUUUUUGGAAAUUUCACAACCGGUUAUCAACAUGCUAUAGCCGUGUCAGGAAAGACUCUUACCGAAACCCGGAAAAUACUUGAAACUUUAAUGUCCAAACUUGAGCAGUAUAACACAACUCUCCUUGUUAAUCCUAAUUAUUUGGAGUUUCCAACAUAUGCCAACUACUACCAGACACUUUCAGGUGGUAAGAGUGCAGCAGGUGUUGGAACUGGAGCUUUCGGUGGGCGUCUUUUGGACCGUACAGCACUGACAUCUUCUUUGAAGGAUCUCAAUGAGAUGCUGAAUAUAACUGCUGGAUCACAAGGACAAUUUGCUUUUACUUCUGUCUCUCUGGUUGGAGGUGGUCAGGUGUUUGUCCCCGAUGAAAGCUCAGGACUGAAUCCCGCAUGGAGAUCUUCAUACAUACACAAUGUCGUGGCGCGCGGAUGGACCACAGAUACCGACGAGGCUAUCGUAAAAGAAAUUAGGGAUGAUAUAACAUACACGAAAAUCGGAGCGAUGAAAAAGUUGGCGCCUGAUACUGGAUGUUACAUGAAUGAAGCGGAUAGGUUUGAUCCGGAUUAUUUGAAGGAUUUUUACGGUGAGAGUUUACCAAAGUUGGAAGAAGUGAAGAAGACUUACGAUGGUGACGAUGUAUUCUAUUGUCCAACAUGUGUGGGGAGUGAUAAAUGGGUUGAGGAUGCGACCGGAAGAUUGUGCCGGAGACAAUAA